GAGGUUAUCCAUGUAUUUAGGGAACUGUCAACCUGAUAAUUAUUUUUAUUUCAAUUGAUCAAAGUAACCUCUUAGUUACUUGACUUGCUAGGCCACAUAGCCCUUUAAAGGCUGUUAAAAAGGGAAACUAAUAUUUUAUUUUAUUGAGCAUUUGCUACAUUUCUGGGCACUCUGCUAGGUGUUUUACAUGCACUCCCUCAUUUAAUCACAUUAACUUGAAGAAGGUCCUAUGAUCCCCAUUUUCCAGAUGAAGAAACUGAGGCUUAGAAAGGCUAAGUAGCUUGCACAAAGUUUCCUGGUUAGCGAGGCUGAGAAGCAAACCUGACACCAGAGAUUAUGUUCUUCCCUACCAUACUGACUUCCAAACACUCACGGAAACAAAAACAGGGAGGGAGACUCAGUCAGAAAGAUGCCACGUUCUUGCGACUUCUCUGGGUCCAGCGGAUCACGGUCUCCAUCGAGGUGGCAUGGAUAAGGAGGUGAGAGACAAUGCUGCCUACAUCUGAAGCCUCUGGCGGAGCCUGGCCUGGCAGCUGAGCUGCCCUUGGAUUUGGGACUUCAGGUGCAGCUUGGCAUGGAACUCAUGAGAAGUGCUUGAGUUUCCCCAGCUUUCUUCACCUAUGUUCACUGGACUGGUUUGGCUCUCAGAAUCUAAGGUGAGCUGGUAGAAAGGGGAGUUGAGCUGGGAGAGGUAGAAAGAAGCCCCGAGGAGCCUUCAGAAUCCAUUGCCAGUGUCCCUUUAUGCUGCCUGGGGUGCAGAGAGGCUCGCAAGCAGCAGGAGGCUGGGUGCAACUGAGCUUUGGACCAUCUUAAGGUAAAGGAACACAGUUCAAUAAACAGCUCCUGCAUUCAGCCCAAAGGAACCUCUUUUAACAAAGGAUUUAAGUGUGAAGAGUUUUGCAUCUUUUACUUUGAGGUCCAUUAUUAUAGGAAACUCUGUGUUCACCUAGAUAGUGAUACUUCUUUUUCUUUCCAUGAUGCUAUAUUUGAAAGAACCAUGAGCCAUUCCAGGCUUCAAGGAGGGCCCAGGAUACAUAGGAGCUGGUGGACAGCCCUCCCGAUGCAGGUUAAGAAAAUGGUCUGAGCUCCGGCUUCUGCAGCCCAGCAAGCACGGACAUAUGCCACUCUUGUCUCCAGAGAACUGGUGGCAGUGACUUCACCAGGAGAAAAACCAUCCCUCCACUUCAGGCCUCGACAGAAUGAGGUGUGUUGAGGAAGCCACUAGCUGGGAUUCGGCCUUUCCUGACCGCCCUUUCAUCACGCAGGCAGCCCCAGACCACUGAGCCGACAAUGGCCGAGAAGGGCGGGUGCAUCGCCAGUGUCUACGGGUACGACCUAGGUGGGCGCUUUGUCAACUUCCAACCCCUGGGCUUUGGCGUCAACGGGCUGGUGCUGUCAGCCGUGGACAGCAGGGCCUGCCGGAAGGUGGCCGUGAAGAAGCUCGCCCUGAGCGACGCCCGCAGCAUGAAGCACGCGCUCAGGGAGAUCAAGAUCAUCCGGCGUCUGGACCACGACAACAUCGUGAAGGUGCACGAGGUGCUGGGGCCCAAGGGCGCCGACCUGCAGGGCGAGCUGUUCAAGUUCAGCGUGGCCUACAUCGUCCAGGAGUACAUGGAGACGGACCUGGCACACCUGCUGGAGCAGGGCACACUGACAGAGGAGCACGCCAAGCUGUUCAUGUACCAGCUGCUCCGCGGGCUCAAGUACAUCCACUCGGCCAACGUGCUGCACAGGGACCUGAAGCCCGCCAACAUCUUCAUCAGCACCGAGGACCUGGUGCUCAAGAUCGGGGAUUUCGGGUUGGCACGGAUCGUUGACCAGCACUAUUCGCACAAGGGUUACCUGUCAGAAGGGCUGGUAACAAAGUGGUACCGCUCGCCACGCCUGCUCCUCUCCCCUAACAACUACACCAAAGCCAUUGACAUGUGGGCCGCCGGCUGCAUCCUGGCGGAGAUGCUCACGGGGAGGAUGCUCUUUGCUGGGGCUCAUGAGCUGGAGCAGAUGCAGCUCAUCCUGGAGACCAUCCCUGUGGUCCGGGAGGAAGACAAGGAAGAGCUGCUCAAGGUGAUGCCCUCCUUCAUCAGCAGCACCUGGGAGGUGAAGCGGCCGCUGCGCAAGCUGCUCCCCGACGUGGACAGUGAAGCCAUCGACUUUCUGGAGAAGAUCCUGACCUUCAACCCCAUGGAUCGCUUAACCGCUGAGAUGGGGCUGCAGCACCCCUACAUGAGCCCGUACUCGUGCCCUGAGGAUGAGCCCACCUCCCAACACCCCUUCCGCAUUGAGGACGAGAUUGAUGACAUCCUGCUGAUGGCCGCCAACCAGAGCCAGCUCUCCAACUGGGACAGGUACCCUGUGAGCCUGUCGUCGGACCUGGACUGGCGGCCCGACCGGUUCCAGGACACGAGCGAGGUGCAGCGGGACCCGCGCGCAGGCUCGGCGCCGCUGGCCGAGGACGUGCAGGUGGACCCGCGCAAGGACUCGCAGAGCAGCUCCGAGCGCUUCCUGGAGCAGUCGCACUCGUCCAUGGAGCGCGCCUUCGAGGCAGACUACGGGCGCUCCUGCGACUACAAGGUGGGCUCUCCGUCCUACCUAGACAAGCUGCUGUGGCGCGACAACAAGCCGCACCACUACUCGGAGCCCAAGCUCAUCCUGGACCUGUCGCACUGGAAGCAGGCGGCCGGCGCGCCCCCCACCGCCGCGGUGGCCGGGGACGCCGUGGCGCGCGAGGAGGAGCCCGCCAGCCUCUUCUUGGAGAUCGCGCAGUGGGUCCGCAGCACGCAGGGCGGCCCCGAGCGCGCCAGCCCGCCCCCCGACGGCCCCGAGCGCCGCCUGUCCGCCUCCCCGCCGGGUCGCCCCGCCCCGGGUAACGGGGGCGCCAGCCCCCAGUUCGACCUGGACGUGUUCAUCUCCCGCGCCCUGAAGCUCUGCACCAAGCCGGAGGACCUGCCCGACAAUAAACUGGGCGACCUCAAUGGCGCGUGCAUCUCCGAGCACCCUGGCGACCUCGUGCAGACCGAGGCUUUCUCCAAAGAAAGGUGGUGAGGGCGGAGGGAGCGCUCGAGGCCCCAGGACUGUGUGCGUCGCCCCCGAGGGGGAGGCCACCAGGGAAGCCCGGCCUGGCUGGAGGGGGCCGGCCUCUCGGCCCUUCCACCACCCCUUCCGCCCCUUUUGUUGCCUUGGCGUGAGCAGGAGCGAGAGGAAUGCCCGUUUCUUCAACUGCCUUAAUAACUAGCCUUUAACCUCUGGGAGCGGGUUUGAACAGGAGCCUACCUGGGAGUGGAUCCGUUUCCCAGAGAAGGGGAGGCCGUGCGUUUUACGGUGUGCAGGGAAGAAACAGCCCCUGCCUGGGUGGCUGAGUGCAGACGAAUCUUGCAGACGUGAUCUGAAACCAUCUGGCCCAACUAGCCUCGAAGGACAGGUGAGGAAGGCAGUUAGGCCAGGGAAAGCAAAGUGGCCUGAGAUCACCGAUGGUAUGGGAGCAGCUGUGAAGCCCAGUCGCCUGGCCCCAGCCAGCAUCCAUCUAUUAAAUAAUGUCUUCCUCUGGCUUUUCAGGCAGAAAAGUUGGUCUGAGCUGUUUCUUCCCUGCCCAUUACCAUCUGGCCUAUUCAAUGUCCUUUUAUUGAGAGCAAUGUUUCUGGCAUUCAAAAACUGGAAACUGCACCAAUUUAUUUCCCAUAGUCCCCAAGCAUAUUUAUCCUGGCCCCUUCCACACACCUGUAUUUGCGCACACCUGCAUGGUCUGAAAUCAUUGUUUUGGAUCAGACCAGGUAGGGGCUUUCGCAGGCCUGGGCGCACACCUCCUCCGGCUCUCCCUGUGCACUUUCCUGACACAUAUGCAGGCACAGACACAGCCCUAGUUCCCAAGUGCUCGUCUUACACAGGUGAGUUUGAAGACAGCACCCAAGAAUCCCUCCAGCCCGCCUCCAGCCAUUACUGCCCACCACGCGUCCUGCCCACUCCCACCACAGCCCCAGCCCCACUCCCUCCCCCCCAAACAGCUCCCCUCCACGCCUACCUCGUGACCUCAUGUUCUCAGCACAAACUGCUCACCUGGGUGACAGCUAUGAGGUGUCCUCCACAGAGCACGUGUGUUAGCAAAGGCUUCUUCCCAUGGAACCCAACAUGCCUCACUAAUACCACCCCUGGAUUUUGACACCCAUUUAGCCCUGGCAAAGAGUAGGCCCAAAAGAAAUGCAUCGCAGAGCAAAUGUCCUUGGGGACAAGGAAUCAAGAUAGGUAGGAAAGGGGGGUGGUGCCACAUUGGGGACCCCACAACAGAGGAAGGGACUUGAAGCAGCCAGGCCUGUCACAGUUUAGGCCAGGAUGGGUUUGGAGUGUGCAGACCCAGAGGGGCACUCACACACAAGCGUCGGGGGGAGGAGGGGGUAUGGGCAUAGCAGCCCUCGGUGGAAAAGGCAGGGAAGGCACUGACAGCCACCAGUCCAGGCCCCAGGGCUGUGCAGCAUUUCCAGUGCUGGUGUUCAGCCCCUCCCCCCACCCAUCCAUCAUCUCCCAAAGACCCCACAGGAAGCUUCCCCUGUCCAAAAGCAGAGCUUCCCCAAGGCUUGCCCUUGGGCUGUGUUCAUCCCACCUCCCAGCACCUUAAGUCUAAUCAACUAACUACGAUUUGUACAUUGAAACCUGCACCACAUUAGAAACUUAUAUUUAAAAAAUGGAGUUACUCCCACUGACCAAUUUUUAAAUGGAAAAUAUGUAAAUAUAAAGUGUUUUGAGUUUCUUUUUUAAAAAGGAAAUGUACAUCACCCUUCAUGUGCCAUUUUAUCCUCAGAGGGUGGCUUUACUUUUUUGGUAAAGGAACAAGCUGCUGACCUUGACCAGGCAUUCAUAUAUAAUUGUUGUUACAGAGGAAUUGUUAUUACUACUCAUGUUUUUAAAAAAAAUCUAUUAAAUGUUAAUAAACUUCAUCAGGAUGAGCAAAAUAAAGUUUUAUUGGAACAGAGCCAUACUCAUCCACUUAAGUAUUAUCUGAUCCUGUCUUUGACAGCAGUUGAGUCAUAAGAACCGGGCUGGCUUCUCCCUGUACGAGUGAAGGCUGGUUGUCUCCAGGGGUUGGGGUUACAGGGUGGGGACAUCUACACAGAUUGGGAAUCAGGGAGGUGACACGAGAAUCACCUGGGUCGAGCCUGGUGUCCAUGUUGUGGAUUUCAAACUGCAUCUUGACACCAAUUCCACACCUUCUGACUAGGGCUGGUCUCUCCAUCCAGUCACAAAAGUUGCCUAUAUCAUGAGUUUGGAGGAGUCAGUCAUCUGGAAGUACUUGCCUGUGACUCCACCCAUCUGAGGCUCACUCCUCUGUGUUACCCAUGUCAGAGUUGUUAGUUCUACCUCCAUUCAUUCAUCAACAAAUAGAAAUAUAGAUGUGAUGGUUUGGGGGUUUUAUUGACCCCAGAAAAGAUCAUGUUCUUAAAGCUAAUCCAUUCCUGAGGGUGUAGACCUUUUGUGGGUGGGACCUUUUGAUGAGGCUAUUUCAGUUGAGGCGUGCCCCAGGUGGGUCUUAAUCCUCUUAAUCCAGGGCCCUUCUCCAGAGGAUGAAAGACAAAGAGAAACACACAGGAACUCCGAAAGAAAGCCACAGACAAAGCAGGGAGAAGCUGAAAGCAACAAAACCCGGAAGAGAAGGACCAGCAGACGCCACCAUGUGCCUUGCCACGUGACA